GUUUAGGCUGACCCCAGGCCUCUGGGCUCCCGGACACAAUGAGAGCCACAGGUCUGAUUCGCCUCCUGGCCUUGGCCUUCGUCCUGGUGGCCGCCUGGAUCCUCCUUCACUCCUCCAACAGCUUCAGCACCAAAACCAUCCGCCUGCCGCGCUGGAUGGGAGCCGAGGACACCAAGGACAUCAUCGAAACCAAGAAGGCCAAGUGCGGCCUCAGCAAGCCCUGCCCGACCAACUACUUUGCAUUCAAAAUCUGCAGUGGGGCCGCCAACGUGGUGGGUCCCUCCAUGUGUUUUGAAAACCAAAUUAUCAUGAGUCCCGUGAAGAACAACAUAGGCAGAGGCCUGAACAUCGCCCUGGUGAACGGAACCACAGGACAGGUGGUGAGAAAGGACUCUUUCGACAUGUACUCCGGAGAUGCCAAGCUCCUGGUGAAAUUCCUUAAGGAAAUUCCACGGGACACACUGGUGCUGGUGGCCUCCUACGAUGACCCGGGGACCAAAAUGAACGAGGACAUCAGGUACCUCUUCUCCAACCUGGGCAGCUCCUACGUGAAGCAGCUGGGCUUCCGGGACAGCUGGGUCUUCUUAGGAGCCAGAGACCUCAAGAACAAAAGCCCCUUUGAACAGUUCUUAAAGAGUAACCCGGAAACAAAUAAAUACGACGGCUGGCCGGACCUGCUGGAGCUGGAGGGCUGUGUGCCCCGGAAGGUAUUCUAGCGCUUCCUCGCCAGGGGCUUGAGGGAGCUUCUUGCUGACUUGGGACCCAGAGCCCAGGGACGCUGCGCCGGGCUGGCGGGAGCCGACCUCGGAGGAAGAGGAGGGAGCCACCCGCAUGGAAGGUCCUGGCCGUCCUCACGCUCCGGCUCCCCUCCUGCUGCACAGCCAACACCCCCAUGGCCCUGCGAUGUCCACCCUGAGACACGUCCCCCCCCCCAGGAACUGCAGACGGCUGUUGGUCCCAAGGAAGGACCG